AUGCAUUGGCGAUCGAUAUGCUGUUAUUUUUGCUCGUCGCGCGAAGGGACGAGUAAAACAAUCAGCCUAGUGAGUCGCGAUCUGCCAAUGCCGCGUGUGAAAACUGUGCAAGGCGAGUUGAAGGGAGUCGUAUGCCACGACACCGUCAGUUAUGUGGCGUUCAAAGGCAUACCGUAUGCCAAGCCGCCACUUGGUGAAUUAAGAUUCAAGGCUCCGGAGCCUCCUGAACCCUGGGAGGGAGUCCGGGACGCGUCGCAACAUGGCCCCGUCUGCCCGCAGUACAACGAGCGUAUGAAUCGUGUAGAAGCAGGCAGUGAAGAUUGUCUCUACUUAAAUGUGUACACUAAAACACUUACACCAUCCAGUCCGCUUCCUGUAAUGGUCUGGAUCCACGGCGGCGGGUUUUACACUGGCUCAGGAGACUCAGACUUCUACGGUCCUGAGUUCUUCAUGGAACAUGACAUCAUACUAGUAACAAUUAACUAUAGAUUAGAAGUCUUAGGUUUCCUCUGUUUAGACACUGAAGAAGUUCCAGGAAACGCUGGCAUGAAAGACCAAGUCUUAGCUUUAAAGUGGGUAAAACAAAAUAUCGCAGCUUUCGGAGGAGAUCCCAACAAUGUGACCAUCUUCGGAUGUAGUGCAGGGUCCGCUUCUGUGUCCUGUCAUUUAGUGUCCAAAAUGAGUGAAGGACUAUUUAGCAAAGCUAUAUGCCAGAGUGGUGUCUGCCUCAAUGAGUGGAGCUAUAAUUUAUAUGCUCGUCAAAGGGCUUUUCAACUAGGCAAACUUUUAGGAAAAGACACUGACGAUCCAAAAGAACUUUUAGAGUUCUUAAGAAGCGUACCAGCCAAGUCUUUGAUUAAUAUACAGUUACCAUUGUUAGAAUUAAAAUACAAUGAUUUAUUAGAUAGCAUUCUGUUUGGACCCGUAAUUGAAAAAGUUGGUUCAGACAAAAACAAAUUUUUAUCAGAUUUACCAAUAGAAUUGGUGAAAAACGGGCAUAUGGCUAAAGUUCCUCUUAUAUUAGGAUUUACUUCUGGUGACGGAAUAGAAAUUGCAAGAAAACUCCCUCACAUCGCUGGGUUCCUAACAACUGCAGGUGCUGUUGUUCCAAGAGAAUUAAAAUUAAAAUGGGAACCAGAAAAAGUGCAAAAAGCAGACGAAAGAAUAAGAAAACACUAUUUUGACGAUAAACCGAUAUCGAUGGAAGAAAUACAAAGAUACUCAGAUUUAGAAACAGAUAGAGUGUUUUUAUACAAUAUCGUUAGGUAUGCGCGCUACCAUCUGCAGCACGCUUCAGAACCAGUUUAUUUAUACGAGUUUGUUGCUGAAACUGAAAGAAACUUCACGAAAAAGUCAUACAACAUGGAUUCUUUGAAAGGUGUUUGUCAUUCUGAUGAACUAGCGUAUCUAUUUAACGUGACAUGUUUAGAUAUACCAUUCUCGGAUGAAUCAAUAGACAUAAUAAAACAAUUUGUAAAACUUUGGACGGACUUCGCUAAUACUGGGAAACCUACGGCGGAUAGCAUCGAGGAAUGGAAGCCAUUCAAGGAACACGAAAGAAAUUAUUACAUUAUUGGGAAAACACUGCAAUGUAAAAAAGAUCCUCGCAAAGAUAAUAUCACUUUCUGGGAAGAUAUUUACGAAGAAACACAAUUAAAUGUAAAUAAACAAUAA